AUGUCCAAAUUUUAAUAAGAUGGUAUAACCAUCUGUUCACUGAGAGGGUUCCAGAAAUGGCCUUCCAGUGCCCAACACUCCUUCACUCCUCAUAAAUGUGGAUUAAGGAUGGUUAAAUAAUUUACGUCGCAUUAUAAGGAUUAUUUAUAGAGAUUCAAUGGCAAACCUAUUUAAAUGCCUGUGAGGAUUCUUACUUCUCCAAAAGAAGGAAAAUAUAAUGAUGGUUAUGACAAUGAAAAUCAUGAUCUCAUAAUCAGAUAAUAUGACAAAUUAUACAACAGCAAAAAGAAUAUAACAUACAUUUGCGAGGCUCUCCUAGGUGCAGGGACAUUUGGCCAAGUGAUCAAAUGUAGCAUAGAAGGAACGAAACAAUAAGUUGCAAUAAAGAUCAUAAAAAAUUAAUGUGCAUUUCAUCAAUAACAAAAGAUAGAAAUUCGUGUAUUAAGAACUCUCUAAACAUUCUCAAAAGAAUAAAAUAUUUAAAACAAUUGUAUAAUCCAACUAAAUGAUUAAUUUUUACACAAGAAACAUGCUUGCUUAGUUUUCCCUUUGAUGGCACAGAAUUUGCUUGAAGUGAUGAAAACAAAUAAAUAUGAAGGAUUUAGCGUGUCGCUAGUCCGAAAAUUUCUCAAUCAAAUAGUGACAGGACUCACAGUGGCUGAACAAUGUGGAGUUGUUCAUGCUGAUCUGAAGCCAGAGAAUAUAAUGAUUGAACAAAAGCAGCCCAUAUUGGAUGAUUGUAAUCUGUAAAUCAUUGACUUUGGAUCCAGUUGCUUUUUGAAUGAGAAACAUCCUUACAUCUACAUUCAAAGUAGAUUCUACAGGGCUCCCGAAAUAAUUUUAGAGAAUCGCAAUUACACAACUAAAAUCGAUAUCUGGAGUUUGGGAUGCAUCGCAGUAGAAUUGUUAUUGGGCAGUCCCCUUUUUCCAUGUUGGGACCAAUACUCUUGUUUGGAACGAAUCAUUCAAGUGACGAGUCCCAUCAUAACUAUGCAGGGAUAUUUGAAAAAUGCCUCUGCAACAUCAAAAUACUUCAACGAACUCUAAAAUGAGACUUUGCAAUUCAAAUCCAGGGAGCAAUUCACGGCUGAAUUUCCUUAAAUCUAAACCAAGGAGGGGUACAACUCAACUCAUCCGAUCAAGAAACUCACAGAUCUAGCGUAAUAUUAUAACUAAUAAUCUACCAAAGACUAACCCACAUUCAAUCAAUUUCUGGACUUCGUGUAGAAAUGUCUUGAAUGGGAACCAAGUGCUAGGAUGUCUGCCUAGGAUGCUAGUUAACACCCAUUUUUGACGGGACAAAACUAAGGAUUUGACAUCAAUAUUGAUUUAGAGGACUUGUUUGCGAAAUUGGAUACUUAAUCUAAUUAAAGUAGUACUUCCUCUUUUUAUGAAGACCAACCAGAGUUCUGA